AAGUCACAAGUUGUCAUGCGUACGUUGGUAUGAUAGGAGGGAAGUGUCCUCAUAUCAGCUGUCUUCUACCUGUGUCCCUUGCUCCCCGCUACUCUUCCUCUCCCCCCUGCGGUUCGCGCACUAAACUGUAACUAAAGCCGUCGGCGAAGUCAACUUUACUGGCGCGACUUCGUUCCAAAUGGAGUCGCCCGAGUCCUCGGCGAGUCCGUGCGGGAGUCUGUCGCCGGAGCUGUAGCUCGUGCGAGUCGACAGCGCAACGCAACACUGCCGGUGGCGAUAAACGUAAAAAAAUGCGUCGCCAGGACGACUGAGGAAAAAAAAAGCCAUGGCAGACCGCAGGACUUUCAACGUUGUGAUUUUGGGUGUGGGGUUUUUGUUCAUUUUCACCGCCUUCACCACUUGUGGGAACAUCGAACAAACUGUGGUGAAAAGCCUGGAGAACGCUACUUUCACUGGAAGUGGGUACCACAGUCUCGGAAUCAUCUAUGGCGUCUUUUCGUUCUCAAAUCUACUUGCACCAACGGUGGUUACAGUAAUUGGACCAAAAAUCACCAUGUUUUUAAGUGGCCUGCUUUACAGUGGGUACAUUGCUGUGUUCAUCAUCCCGUCAGUAUGGUCCUUUUACUUGACCUCUGUGCUCAUCGGCAUAGGAGCGGCCAUGCUGUGGACAGCUCAAGGACACUUUCUGGUGGAGAACUCAGAGGCCUCCACUAUCAACAGGAACACUGGGAUGUUCUGGGCUCUCUUACAGUGCAGCAUGUUGUUUGGCAAUCUUUACAUUUAUUUUAACUGGAACGGAAGAACAGAGAUAUCAGACAGCAGCAGGAAAAACAUCUUUCUGUCCCUGUUGGUCGCCUCCAUACUUGGUACACUCAUCUUCCUGGUGUUGAGAAAGAGCCAUCACGAAGAGGAGAUGCUCUCUGACGAGGAAGGGCGGUCGCUGCUCUCAACUCGCAUGAUGUACAAGCACAGAGCAAGCACUGCCAUGCAAGAUGCCAAGUCAGAAUUAAAAACUAUCCUGCAACUUCUGAAGACUAAAACUAUACUGCUCCUGAGUCCCUGCAUGGCAUACAGUGGCCUCGAGCUAUCUUUCUACAGUGGAGUGUAUGGGACAUGUAUUGGAGCCACUACACAUUUUGGACAAGCUGCUAAAGGCUUGAUUGGGAUCUCUGGGAUCAUGGUAGGCAUUGGAGAAAUAGUGGGUGGGGGCUUGUUCGGAUUGUUGUGUAGGAACAACCGCUUCAGACGGACCUCUGUGGUGUUUCUGGGAAUGGUUGUCCACUUCGUUGCUUUCUAUUUAAUAUUCCUCAACAUCCCAGAUGAUGCCCCCGUCGUCUUUCAGACCACCACCCAAAAGAACCCGUAUUUAACUCCAAGUGUAUCUAUUGCCCUGCUGUGCAGUUUCUUGCUUGGACUUGGGGACAGCUGUUUCAACACACAGCUCUACAGCAUCUUGGGCUGUAUUUAUGCUGAACACAGCACGCCUGCUUUUGCCAUCUUCAAAUUCAUCCAGUCUGUUUUUGCAGCGUUGGCGUUCUUCUACAGCGGUUACUUCCUGUUGAUGUGGCAGCUCCUGCUGAUGGUCAUCCUGGGCUUCACUGGAGCACUCUGCUUCUUCCUGGUGGAGAGGAUGGAAAACCUCUCUGUAGAUUUGCAGGAAUAUUAGAAAAAAAACAAUCUUGCAUCUUUUAUUUCGUGAGGGGUUAUUUUAUAAUCUCUUUUUAUUUUAAUGCACUGAAGGUUGCAAACAUUUGGAUAACAUUCACACUUAAAAUAGUUUGAACUGAUUCCACAACUGAAACCAAGUUGCCUUGAGAAAACCUUUGAAUAGUAUUGCAUGGCUAUCAGUCAGCCUGGAUUGUACCUUGCACAUUCUCUGUUUUAAUUCCCGACGCUACACGAUAUGAUCGUUAAUCAUUUACCCUAUUUUCUACUGCACUUGAUCUUAGUGUAGGAUUGUAAAAAUAACCACUUAUCUCGUACGUAAUCUGCAUUACUUCCAGCUCAGGUUUGUUAAUAAAGACAGUGUCACUGUUGAAAAUAUUUUAUGUAUCUAAAAGUGUUCUUUUAUAACUUUUAAAGCUGUCAGAAUGACUGACAGAAUGACAGUUUAGUAAAAAAAAAUAGAUGAAAAUAAUGCAAUAUUGUUACUGUCAGUCUUUCAGAAAAAAAUGUUAACUAAUUAAUGCCUGACAAUCAUUGUUCUUAACUUUUUUGUAAAAUUCUCACACUAAUGUCAUUGUCUUCUCCCAGUUUUGUUAAUCUUUGAUGAAUAAAGCUCUAUGCAUUUUGCAUUUUUAA